AUGAAUGAUAAUAUUUGCCAUGAUAGAUCUCGCAUUGUCUUGAAUGAGUACGCCGAGACAAUCGGUAUUGCUAAAUUUCUUGUUGAAGGACAAAGCACCUGCACAGAAUUUCUACAUCUCCUUGAUAUAAUGGAAAAUAUGCGUCACAACUGGGAUGCUGAAAAAUUAAGGGCAGAUACUUUACAGGAACAAAUGAAUACUCGAGAAUACGAUUACAGUGGGUUGCAACAAGAAAAUCGGAUGUAUAAAGAACAACUUAGGGAUGCACGUGCUCAGAUUGCUACAUUGAUGUCCGAUAAACAGAACUUGGAGCGUGACAUGGUUGAAUUGGAAAGAAAAUUUGCGUUAGUUAACGAACUGCUGAAGAAUGACCAGUCAUUACUAAAAGAGGAAGAUCGCCAGAAACUAUCUUUUUUGAACUACAAAUCAUCAUUCCAUGAACCACUUAUGAGAGAAAGACAAGCACAUCAUAUACUCCAUGGUGUUUCACGCACGCUUUCACAUGGCGAAGACACUGAUUAUGAUAAGACGGCAGACUCCAUGGACAUUUCGUAUGAUGACUCUGAUGAAUCUCAUUUACGAAAUGGUAAAGUAUAUAGAAGGUCACGAAGCUUAGCCGUUCUUCCAAGCACCCAUAGCUCUGUUGCUACUGUGAAGCGUUCCAAAGAAUCUAAAAGAAUGAAUAUUGUUGAGGAAGAAAUAGCCACUCCAUGCAAACGAUCAAAAGAUGGAACUGAAACAAUUAUUACAACGACAGCAAUAACUAUGAAUCCAGAAGGAAGACAACCAGCAACAGCUAGUGUCUCACUCAAACGUUCAAAUCGGUCGAUGUCAGAAUCGAAUAUUCUGAAUCAAAACGAAGAAGCCGUGGUUGAAUCGACGACAAAAUUUGGUGCAACCACACCACGAUUUGGAGCCAGUGCUCUCGAUUUGAACAGCCCAUAUACUGCAGCAAAAACUUGGACAAAUGGUUCUUCAAUUGAGACUAGACCGCAUAGCUUUGCUAAUUUCACAUCGAUUCUUGGUGAUCGCUGUGAAGUGUGUAACCGUUGGAUCGGGCUCACUGGUAAAGCAGCUUACAAAUGUACUGAUUGUGGAAUUCGUUUGCAUAAAUUAUGCAUAAGAAGUGCUCCAAUCCCUUGCGUACCUCGAACAGCAACACCUCGAACACCUGGUAAACAACGUCCUCGGCUGAAAGAUUUUUGUCCACCAACUCAACCGAUGAUUCCGUCUCUCAUCAUACACUGCGUCCUGGCUCUAGAUAAGGAUCGUUUGAGUACAGAAGGCAUUUAUCGAAUUCCUGGCCAGGAAUCGCAAAUUGUUAAAUUACUGAAUGAAUUCAAAAACAGUCGCUCACUGCCCAAAUUAGAAUAUCAUGAUACAGAGACAAUCACUGGCUGUAUAAAACGUUUCCUAAGAGAAAUAAGGGAUCCAGUAAUUCCGGUGUCGUCUUGGGAAGAAUUUGUGUGUGCCGCUGAACGUGAUGACUUCGAGGCUUUAAAUCGCUCCGUGAUGGAUUUACCCUAUCCAAAUAGAGAUACUCUCGCCUUCCUUUGCUCUCAUUUCCAGAGGGUUUGUGAUAACCGUUUACGAAAUAAAAUGUCUCCAGAGGUUCUGGCUCGUUGUAUUGCUCCAACAAUUAUUGGUCGCGCACCGUCACGUGCCACAAGUAUAGCGCAAAACGCUGAGGAAGUCUCAAAGCAGAUCAUGGUAUUUAUGGCUUUACUUAGAAUGCCACAAGACUAUUGGCCAAAGUUCUAUGCAUUUGAUCAGGAAAAACCUCUGCUCAAAAGUCCUACAAGAUCAACUGCAACAUUUGUUUACAAUCAGGAAGGUAAGACUCCAGUUCGACCUUCAUUUAAAGUCUCGAACAACAGUGGCCGAAAGGAUCCAAACAAGUUAAAACCAGUGCAGAUACCACCAGCUGGAAAACAACCAAAAGAAUUUCAGUCUUUAUGGAGUAAGCAUGGAAGAGUUUUUGCCGAUACUAAUUUUUGA